GGAGGCGGGCACAAGCACCGGGUCGUAGGUCUGUGGCCUCGGAUCUGUCGGAGGCGGCGAUUGUGCAGCGGUCCCGCCGGCGCCAUGUCGUUCUGCAGCUUCUUCGGGGGCGAGGUUUUCCAGAACCACUUUGAGCCGGGCAUCUACGUGUGUGCCCAAUGUGGCUAUGAGCUGUUUUCCAGCCGCUCAAAGUAUGCACACUCAUCCCCAUGGCCGGCCUUCACCGAGACCAUCCAUGCUGACAGUGUGGCCAAGCGUCCAGAGCACAAUCAGCCUAGAGCCUUAAAGGUGUCCUGUGGCAGGUGUGGCAAUGGGCUGGGCCAUGAGUUCCUGAACGAUGGCCCCAAGCGUGGACAGUCCCGCUUCUGAAUAUUCAGCAGCUCACUGAAGUUCAUCCCUAAAGGCAAAGAAACUUCUGCCUCCCAGGGACAGUAGGUGGGCAGCCCACACCCAACCCAGAUGGACACUGCUUUGUGGCCACACUCUGGACAUCCCACCUUAGAAGUGGAACCCCAGACAUUUGGACAGGGGAGUGGGGGGGAGAGGGAUAGCUGAAACAUCAGGAAGGUUCCCGAGGCCUUGCCUCCGAACAGGCUAGGAGAAGGGAAGAGGCUGGGAAAAGGAGAAGGCUACACUUGGCUGCCAGGGGGUGCCUGGAGGCCCCACUGUUAGCUCUCACAGGAGUCUCAGGGAGGGGGCUCUAGGCCUGGCUCGUCUUAGAGUGAUGGUGCAGCCUCUACCUUCUCUCCUCAGCCUGCUGCCCCCUCCCUGCCUGUCUGGACUCACCCCCGUGAGGCCCAGUUCUGAGAUGGGCUCUGACCCUCGCUGAAGCUCUUGCCCAUCUCCAGCAGGCUGUGCUAGGAGAGAGAACGCAAACAAGGGCGGCCCCAGUUGGCUGCUCCAGCCCCGGUCACUCUAUGAUUUUCUCUGACUAAACCCUUCCAGGCAGCCAGAGUGGUGAUGAUCUGUGACCCGCUGGGGGAGCAGGCAGAGGGGACAGAUCUCUGGCCUCUCGGUUACGAAAGGAGAAAUCCCGAACCCUGUUGCACCAUCUGUGUGGGUGCUGUUUGCCCCACUCAGGCUUAGGAAAGCAGCUAUUGCUCCAUCACCUUGACUGUGCAAGGCUGGGGACACCAGAGCUCACAGCCUACAGUUCACUGCUUCCGGGGACACAGUGACUGUGCCUCACUGCACAUGCUCUGAGGGUCCUGCCAUCAGGGGGGGUGGGCGAAGCCCCUUCCAUCUUGAAUCCUCUUUGGAGUAAUCAGGAAGAGAUCAAUAAACAAACAGAACCCA